AUGUCUCAGAAGUACAGCACCCCUCCUCCGGAACGCUUCCUAAGUAUUGCAAGCACAUGCGUUGGGUGCGGUCCUGGAGGCAGUACCCCUGCGCUCGCACGCAUAGCGAUAGUUGACUAUCGCGGCCAGAUUGUCUAUUGCGAAUAUGUGAAGCCGGACGUGCAGGUUUCCGAUUAUCGCACUGCUACGACCGGCAUAGAAGCUUCCCACUUGGAUAUCGCGAAUGGUGCGAAGCCGUUCACUGAAGUGCAGCAACAUGUCGCCAAUUUAAUUCGAGGCAAAGUCCUGGUCGGCCAUUCUAUCUGGCAUGACCUUUCUGUGCUCGGUAUCCCGCACCCAGCCGUGGCGACGCGCGAUGUCGCGCUUUACCAGCCCUUCCGUAAUGCGCUUCGCAGUCCCAACCAGGUGGAUGGAAAGGUUUGCGCGCUGGAGAACGCACGUGCUGGCCUCGACUUGUACCGCUCCCAUGCAACAGCAUGGGAAGGAACCGUAUCGACUGGACAGUGGCCCUCGUUCCUUCCCCCGAGCACGUACUCGCGAUGCUACGUGUGA